CUGGCGGACUGCUGAAAGACACAAGCGAGGGGAUUAAUCUCAUGCCUUGAAGGGAGAUUUCCAGUGGAAACGAGGAGCCACCACGGGCGGGUUCGUCCGCUCGUCCGCUCGCUCGCGCACACGCGCGCGCACGUGCCCCGAGCACAACUGAAAACCUUCCUCCGAACCCACCCUGACCCCGGGGCCUUCCGUGCGAACCGCGCAGGAUGGCUCGCUUCAACGAUGACGGCCUCGGAGACAUCGGCGGCCGCGUCGGCGGCCCCAGCCGACACGGCAGCGCGCAGGGCGGAGGCGGGCAGCAGCAGCAGCAACAGCGCGUCUUCAAGCAGACCAAGGCGCAGCGAGCGCGCACGAUGGCUCUGUACAACCCCAUCCCGGUGCGGCAGAACUGCUUCACGCAGAACCGCUCCCUCUUCCUCUUCGGCGAAGACAACGGCGUCCGAAAGUUCGCCAAGAGGAUCAUCGAGUGGCCUCCUUUCGAGUACAUGAUUCUGGCCACGAUCCUGGCGAACUGCAUCGUGCUGGCGCUGGAGCAGCACCUUCCCAACAACGACCGCACACCCAUGUCCAAAAAGCUGGACGAAACGGAACCAUACUUCAUUGCCAUCUUCUGCUUCGAAGCCGGCAUUAAGAUCAUCGCUCUGGGCUUCGUGUUCCACAAAGGCUCGUACCUCCACAACGGCUGGAACAUCAUGGACUUCGUGGUGGUGGUCACGGGGAUCAUGGCAAAGGUGGGGAUGUACUACGACCUGCGGACACUGAGGGCCGUACGAGUUCUCCGGCCUCUCAAGCUGGUCUCGGGCAUUCCAAGUCUUCAGGUUGUGUUAAAAUCCAUCAUGAAGGCCAUGAUCCCGCUGUUACAGAUCAGUCUUCUGCUGUUCUUCGCCAUUCUCAUCUUUGCCAUUAUCGGGCUGGAGUUUUACAUGGGGAAGCUGCACAACACCUGCUUUGAUUCCAAGACAAACGAACCGGACCCGAAGAAUGAGAAGCCGUGUCUGAACGAUUCCUCAGGCUUCGUGUGUCCCAACGACACGGUGUGCCGGGGCCACUGGGAAGGCCCCAACUACGGCAUCACUCAGUUUGACAACAUCCUGUACGCAGUGCUCACCGUCUUCCAGUGCAUCACCAUGGAGGGCUGGACCGACAUCCUCUACAACACAAACGACGCCUUGGGAAGCACGUGGAACUGGCUCUACUUUGUGCCGCUCAUCAUACUCGGUUCCUUCUUCAUGCUCAACCUCGUCCUGGGAGUUCUAUCCGGGGAGUUUGCCAAGGAGCGAGAGCGCGUGGAGAAUCGGAGGGCUUUUCUCAAGCUACGGCGCCAACAGCAGAUAGAACGGGAGCUCAACGGCUACAUGGAGUGGAUCUGCAAAGCAGAAGAGGUAAUGUUGGCGGAAGAGGACCGGAACGCCGAGGACAAGUCUGCCUUCGACGUGCUUCGACGAGCGACGCUCAAGAAGAGUCGGACCGAUCUGAUUCAAGCAGAAGAGGGUCUCAAUGAGAGGUUUUCUGACAUCACAUCCACAGGGAAAGCCUCGGGCUCGCCGUUCGCUCGCGCGAGCAUCGUGAGCGUCAAGCAGGAGACGUCGUCAUACUUCCAGCGCAAGGAGAAGCGUAUGCGCUUCUUCAUCCGCCGCAUGGUCAAGUCGCACACCUUCUACUGGACCGUGCUGUGCCUCGUCGGCCUCAACACGCUGUGCGUCGCCAUCGUCCACUACGACCAGCCCGUGCUGCUCACCGAUCUGCUCACCUACGCGGAGUUUGUGUUCCUGGGUCUGUUCCUGUCCGAGAUGCUUCUCAAGAUGUAUGGACUCGGCACACGUAGCUACUUCCACUCAUCUUUCAACUGCUUCGACUUUGGCGUCAUUAUUGGCAGCAUCUUCGAGAUCAUCUGGGCCAUGAUUCAGCCGGGAACAUCGUUCGGUAUUCGGGUGCUGAGAGCGCUGCGUCUGCUCAGGAUUUUUAAAGUCACUAAGUACUGGGCAUCUCUGCGGAACCUGGUGGUGUCGCUCCUCAACUCCAUGAAGUCCAUCAUCUCGCUCCUCUUCCUGCUCUUCCUGUUCAUCGUGGUGUUUGCCCUCCUGGGAAUGCAGCUGUUUGGCGGCCAGUUCAAUUUUGAAGAAUGUACUCCACCGACUAAUUUCGACACCUUUCCAGCUGCUAUUAUGACAGUUUUCCAGAUUCUCACUGGAGAGGACUGGAAUGUCGUCAUGUACGAUGCGAUCAAAUCUCAGGGUGGCAUCAAUCGAGGAACCAUUUUCUGCAUCUACUUCAUUGUCCUCACUCUAUUCGGCAACUACACUCUGCUCAACGUGUUCCUCGCCAUCGCUGUGGACAACUUGGCCAACGCGCAGGAGCUCACGAAGGAUGAGGAGGAGGAGGAAGAAGCGGCGACGCAGAAGUUGGCGAUACAAAAGGCGCGCGAGGUGGCUGAAGUGAGCCCUAUAUCGGCAACCAACCUCUCCGUCAGCGCGACGUCAACCCUCAAUUUAAAUGCCCUAUGCAAGGACGCGCAAGGCAAGGGCGGCAAGCCUCGCUCCGUGUGGGAGCAGCGCACCAACGAGCUGCGGCGGAUCAACCUGCGCGCCAGCUCGGAGGCGCUGUACAGCGAGCUCGACCCCGAGGAGCGCCGCCGCUUCGCCUCGUCGCUGCACAUCCGCCCCGACAUGAAGAGCCACCUUGACCGGCCGCUCACCGUGUCGCCCCCACCCUGCGACGGGCGCCGCGUCAGCGACGUGGCCCGCGCCGCCGGCGUCGCCAGGAUUCCCUUCCUGCCCGAGGCCGGACGAGGCGGCGACGGCAGCGCCGUGGCCGUCGCCGUCGCAGCCUUCGGCGAUCGAGGGGCGGCCGAUAGUGGCGGUGGCAAGCAGCGCAGGCAGCCCAAGGAGCAGGCGCUGGAGGAGGAUCGCGAGCAGCGGGCACUGCGGAGGCCAAACGAUCUGCGCCCGAUACCUGCCCUGGCCGUGCAGGGGAUGGAAGGGGAGGACGAGGACCUCGCUCGGGGCAAGAGGCAGCGCCACCGCGCGCACUCCACCUACGAGACGGACGAGCAGGAAGAGGGCAAAGGUCGUUGCCGUGACGACCCCGCAUCCAAGGAGGCCCGUCAGCGCAGUAAAGCCGGCCACAUGGAAGACCUGAAAAGCUCCGACAAGACGGACGUCAGCAGUAAGCUGCCCAAUCAGAAGAUCAACAAGAUGGACCCAUCCGUGAGGAUUCCUGUCAUGAUUACGGGGCCCUCCGGGGAGUCUGCCCAUGCGCCAGACAUCGGCGCCCUGGUCAAACUGAAGAAGCCGGAUGAGGUGGCCGAGGAGGAGAAAGACGAGAAGGGAGAUAAUGAUGACGAUGAUGACAAACGUCAUAAGCCCAUCCUGCCGUACAGCUCCAUGUUUAUAUUCAGCUCCACUAACCCGCUCCGAAGGCUGUGCCAUUACAUCGUCACCCUCCGCUAUUUCGAGAUGUGCAUCCUGCUCGUCAUAGCCAUGAGCAGCAUCGCGCUCGCCGCUGAAGACCCCGUGGAGGCAGACUCGCCCUGGAACAAGAUCUUGAGAAACUUUGACUAUGUUUUCACCGGAGUGUUCACUUUUGAGCUCUUCAUAAAAAUGAUCGACUUGGGCCUGGUCUUCCACCCCGGAGCCUACUUCCGCGACCUGUGGAACAUCUUGGACUUCAUUGUUGUCAGUGGUGCUCUGAUGGCAUACGUCUUCUCCAACAAGGGAGGCAAGGACCUUAAUACGAUCAAGUCCCUCAGGGUUUUGCGUGUGCUGAGGCCCCUGAAGACCAUCAAACGUCUCCCGAAGCUGAAGGCCGUGUUCGACUGCGUGGUGAACUCCCUGAAGAACGUCCUCAACAUCCUCAUCGUCUACAUGCUCUUCAUGUUCAUCUUCGCCGUCAUCGCCGUGCAGCUCUUCAAGGGGAAGUUCUUCUACUGCACCGACAACUCGAAGGCCCUGGAGAAGGAGUGCAGUGGCUACUACCUGCUCUAUGGAAAGGACAACGCGGUCAAGGCGGAGAGGCGCGAGUGGAAGAAGUUCCCUUUCCACUACGACAACGUGCUGUGGGCCCUUCUCACCCUCUUCACGGUGUCCACUGGUGAAGGCUGGCCAGAAGUUCUCAGGCACUCGGUGGAGGCGACCUAUGAAGAGCAAGGCCCCAGCCCCGGCUAUCGCAUGGAGAUGUCUAUUUUCUACGUGGUCUACUUUGUCGUUUUCCCAUUUUUCUUCGUGAACAUCUUCGUGGCCUUGAUCAUCAUCACAUUCCAAGAGCAAGGAGACAAAGUCAUGUCCGAGUACAGCUUGGAGAAAAAUGAGAGGGCAUGCAUCGACUUUGUGGUGAGCGCCAAGCCGCUGACGCGCUACAUGCCCCAGAACAGGAACACCUUCCAGUACCGCAUGUGGAAGUUCGUGGUGUCCCCGCCAUUCGAGUACUUCAUCAUGGCCAUGAUCGCGCUCAACACCAUCGUCCUCAUGAUGAAGUACCACGAAGCUUCACCUGAGUACGAGAAAAUUCUGCGCAACCUCAACAUCAUCUUCACCGUGCUGUUCUUUCUGGAGUGCAAACUGAAGAUUGUCGCGUUUGGAAUUCUGAACUAUUUUCGGGAUGCUUGGAACGUGUUCGAUUUCGUUACUGUGCUGGGAAGCAUCACAGACAUUCUCGUCACGGAGCUUGGGAAAAACUUCAUCAACCUAAGCUUCUUAAGGCUUUUCCGGGCAGCACGUUUGAUAAAACUCCUACGCCAGGGCUACACCAUCCGCAUCCUCCUCUGGACGUUCCUGCAGUCGUUCAAGGCUCUGCCGUACGUCUGCUUGUUGAUCGCGAUGCUGUUCUUCAUCUACGCCAUCGUGGGCAUGCAGGUGUUUGGCAACGUGAAACUCGAUGACGAGGGGGGCAUCACCGAGCACAACAACUUCCAGACAUUCUUUCAAGCGUUGAUGCUCCUAUUCAGGAGUGCCACCGGGGAGGCGUGGCAAGAAAUCAUGCUCUCCUGCCUGAGCAAGAAGCCGUGCGAGCAGCACUCGCUUAACGGCGAGAACGUUUGCGGCAGUGACUUCGCCUACUUCUACUUCGUCUCGUUCAUCUUCCUCUGCUCGUUCCUGAUGCUCAACCUCUUCGUGGCAGUCAUCAUGGACAACUUCGAGUACCUGACCCGGGACUCGUCUAUCCUGGGGCCUCAUCACCUCGACGAGUUUGUGCGAAUCUGGGGGGAUUACGAUCCCGCUGCAACAGGCCGCAUCACGUACACCAAGAUGUAUGAGCUGCUGCGUCACAUGUCCCCUCCGCUCGGCCUCGGAAAGAAGUGCCCAGUUCGCAUCGCGUACAAGCGCCUCGUGCGGAUGGAUAUGCCGAUAGCUGAGGACAACACAGUUCACUUCACCACCACCCUCAUGGCACUCAUUCGCACAGCGUUGGACAUCAAGAUUGCCAAGGCUGGGGCCGACAAGUUUGAGUGCGACAGCGAGCUGCGAAAGGAGAUGAUGGCAAUCUGGCCAACCCUCUCUCAGAAGACGCUGGACAUCCUGGUGCCACCGCACAGAGCCGUCGACCUCACGGUGGGCAAGGUGUACGCGGCCAUGAUGAUCUACAACUACUACAAGAGCAACAAGAACAAGAAGAUGCAGCUCCAGCAGGCCGCCGCCAUGCAGCAGAACCGCACGCUCUUCCAGAGGCUGGGAGGACCGGGAGUGCCCGGCGGUGCCGGGAGUGCCGUGGGAGCGGUGGGGGCGGUCGUGGCUGUGGUGGCUGCUGGGAGCGUCGGGGGUGCCGGAGGUCCCUGGGGGGCGGGGGGCGACCCAAGGGGCCCGAUGGGAACCAGCGGCCCGGGAGGACAGCUCAUGGACAUGCCGCCCCCCGGCCGGCCGGAGGACCUGCAGCUCGGACAGCCGCUCCUGGGCGAACCCAAUCGCUGCGGGGACCUACGGGCGUCUCCGUCGUGGGUGACUCAGCGGGCGCAGGAGAUGGUGCAGCGCACGCGGCAGCGCCGGGCUGGCGAGCGGGGCUGGUCUGACGAGCAGCCGGACGCACGGCCGCCCUCCCAGUUGGAAAUGCGGGACAUGGUGCACCCUGGGUAUUACGACCCAGAGGCACAGAUGGCAUUGGAGAGUUACGGGCGCACGACGUCAUUACCCAAGCUCACCCCUGACAUCCAGAAGAGACGUUCUCAGCCUCUGCGUCCCAGCCUCCCUCCGAUCAGAGACACAAGUCCCAUGAAGCGGUCCGUGUCGCUGCUGGGGCAGGCGCAGUCCCCUGGGCCGCAGCUGGAUGACUACUCGCUGGAGAGGGUCAGCCCGGUCGGGGCCCCGAGGGCCCAGAGACGCAGCGUGCGACACCGCUACAGCGGGGAGUCGGUAGGGAGCAGUGGCUUCGUUGUCGGGGGUGACCGAGAGCGGACGACGAGAGGAGGAGGAGGCAAAGAGCAGCACACCGGCUCCCUGGUGGACAUGGACAUGGAGCGAGUGGCAAGGCCCAGACCUCGGCCGGGCCCUUGUGACCCCUCCAAGCAGCCCCUGGGCCCUGGCAUCCCUCCCACCUGUCCGGACCACCGCUCGCCAGAGCGUGGCAGGCAGACGAGUCGCUCACUGAGCGGCAGCCCCAUCCUGCUGUCCCCGGGGGGCUCCGUGACUCCCCGCAGGGGCCGCCGCCAGCUGCCGCAGACCCCGGCGACGCCGCGGCCCAACGUCAUGUACUCCCCGGCCCGUCGCGCGGCCAAGUCUGGCACGCCGCCGCCGACGACGACGCCUCGCGUCUCCUCGCUCGUCCUUGAGGGCUACUCGCCCCUGUCCUCUCCGCAUGCCUCCCAGCGCGGUCGCGGGGAGAUCUGCGGCGGGGAACAGGCCCCGGGGAACGUGUCUCCCCGUCUGAGAAGGGCGGCGGGGGCGACGGCGACGGCGGGGGCGACGGUGGGCGAGACGGCGUGCGGCGAUGACGCCAGCUCGACCGAGCGGCUGCUGGAAGGUAAACCGCAACUGCGGCAGCAGCAGCAGCACCGCAGGUGGCAACACCACGCCUCCGAUCCUUACCUUGACCUCUGCGUGGAUGAGCAGACGAGGGUGGGAAGGAGGGAGCGAGAUCGAGACAGAGAUAGGGGCGGGGGAGGCGGAGGUGGCGCGGCCUCAUCCAAGGCACCGGCCAGAGGGGCAGUGGGCGGGCAGCAGCAGCAGCAUCCAUGCCGUGCCGGGCCUGGCGUGGCGGGAGGCCGCAGGUUUCUCAACGGGAACCAUUUUGGCGCCGGGGCAGGAGGAGGAGAUGCGGCGGUGACGGUGGCGGCAACGGCGGCGGCGACGACGGUGGCGGUGACGGUGGAAGACAGCGGGGCCGGGGCGGCCGGCGGUCGGCACGGGACUGAGGGCGGCGGGGAUGGAUUUUGCGUGAGAGCCGGGGCGGUUUUGGGCAGUUCCGCGAGGAAACGAAACACAUUCAGCGAGACGGACGAAGACGACUGGUGCUAGCGAGGAAUGGGGGGGGGGGGGGGGGGGGGUGCGUGCGCAAUCGCGCACAGCAGCCCUCCGGAGCUACCAAGUGAAGCGUCAACCAGUAGGGACACAGUAAUAAAAUAGAGUGACUUUAGUGGAAACAGUUGCAUGGCGGCUUUGAGAAGGACGGCAAAGUCUUGUUUUGUUUUUUAUUAUUCAUCUUCUACUUCCUCCUCCAGAUCUCGAGCUUGAUUUUCACGGUAACGUUGGUCAUGCCUUGGGUUUUUCAGCUCGUUCCGAAUUCAGUCGUGCCAUCGCUCCUCUCCGAUCGUCGACAAGCAUGCUUUAUUUGCAUUGCUGUUGUGCAAGAAUCUGACUGCCUUGUUCUGCCGAUCGAGUCCGCUUGUUUUGUGGUGGGUGCCAAGACCCCCUCCGUUAAAUCUACGCAUGCUGCAGAAAUGCUCCAAGGCGCUUUGUGGCCUUUGACGAAGGCUAUGCAACUGCGCGCCGUUUUGCAUGCUUUUGAGACGUGUGCGUGCGUGCGUGGGUGUGUGCGUGUGUAUGUAUUGGUGUUGCCACCCAGCCUUUUGCGGAGUACCCGCAGGAUUUGUAUUUCUUAAUCGAUUGAUUUAUAUAUAUACGGUUGUUUUAUAACGGGAAAAAAAAUCUGCUCCGCAAAUUUUAAACAGGUUUCCUCCCCGUCCCCCGUUUGUUACUGCAGUAUUCGCAAAAGUAACGCGUGGAGGAGAAGGCGACUUUAGUGACGCUCGGCUGGAUUUACAACAAAAAAUUGGGUGUGCGUUUUCGCCCGCGGGUUUUUGCGGGAGUCAGUCGCGCUACGGUCAGAGGUUGGCCCUUACCGUUUUGCGUGGGCAUGUUUACGUUUGUACCUUGUGCAGCGCUAAUCCUGCGAUGUUGGCCAAACCCUAACUCACGUUGCUACAUGGUUGAAAGCCUGGGCUUUCUGGGAUGUCGGACCGUGUAUAUUGAGCAUAUUGAUUCAUUUUGUUAUGGCGAUUGUCGUCUUUAUUACAUUUUUAAUGGAUAUUUAAUUUUUUUACCCUUCCUUUGCCAACUCGAGUUGCCAGUGCCAGGAUAAUUUAUCAACGGGCAAUACAUUUGAUAAAUGUUGUACAUUGUGUAAAGGACAGGAAAGCUACACUUUAAAUGUGGAUGAUUAAACGAGCACACCAAUGGGCGCUGCCGGUCAAAUGGUUUGACUUGAACAUGGUAUGCGUGUAAAGCGCAGAUGGUUUUCUAUGUUUAUUGGGGGUAAUUACUUUUGAAUUUAGGUGAAGUUUGUCAACAGCUUGCAAUAUGGGUUUUUCUUUUUGCAUUUAUUUUAUUCCAUCAAUAUGUAUUAGUGCAUAUGAUGUCCAGUAUGUUCUUUCGAAUGCCGAUUGUAUUUUUUUCGCAUUGUACGUAGCUUGCGUGAUUUUUAUUUACAUUCUGUAAAUUCGAACAAUUCCCAUCAUGAUAUCGCAUCACGUUGACUGUUACAGGAGGUAAAGUGGGCCACGGUGGUACACAUCGCUCAAAAGACCAAUGGACGAAAUUGGCCGCAGAUUGUCAACCAAAGCAUAGAACGUACCCCACAGUACGACCACCGCAGAGAUGGAUCCAUGAAAUCAGUUGAUGCGCUGGAGUGAGAUGGGACUGUGACGGAUGGAAAUGGUGUGGAGGGAGACCUUCGACCAGCAGUAGGUAGUCUAUGGUUGCUGAUGAUGAUGAUGAUUAAUAUUGUUUUCUAUACAUUUUUUCUCACAGAUCCUAUUUUAUAUUAUACAGGGCUUUUUUCUGUCACUUAAUAUUUUCUUUUUGGCACGGUAUAUUAUUGGGAAAGGGUCUGUGUAAAAACAGGAUAAUUUCAAGUAAAAUGUCUGUUUAGGUUAAAGCACUGUAUUGGUAAACCUGCAAAUACUGUGAUACUUAUCAGCGCUGUAUAAAAGUGUCAUAACAAGUGGUAUGCUAUGGAAAGCAGAAUGACUUAAUAGUGACGAUUGUUUUAAAGAAUGUAAUGGUGUUGUAUUGAUCUUAAUUAGUUCCCCAAAGCAAACACUCAGUUUCAAUCAACAAAUCAAUAAUGUUCUUUUGCAAUUGAGGCAAAUUGCAAAGAGUAUUAUAUAGCUUUAAAAUACUGUAAGAUUUCUCAGUGUUUUAGCAAUAUGCUCGGCUCAGUAAAAAAAUUACUGAAUGAUGGUAAUGUGGUAAAGUAGAGUUGAUGUUUAGCCGAGGGCGUUUUUCAUUCAACAUUAGUUCUGAAUAAAUUAAUUGCAGUGUUGAUAUAAAAAAAAAUUAAGAAAAAAUUUCUCAACUAUGGUUUAAAUGUCCACCAAGAAAACGGCCAAGCUUGGUCAUGUGACCCAUUCUGAAAGAUCAACGUUGGAUGCAAUCAGUGAACAGCCAGAGGCGGCGUUAAUUCCCGCACGGCAGCACGCACACAAAUAUUCGCUUUUAAAGAAAUGACAAUGUACACGCAGUACAUUGAAAAACAGAAUACCCCAGCGUUUACAAACGUGAUGUCGGUGUUUUUUUUGUUUGUAACAAAAUGAGUGUUUCACACGCAGGUUGCACGGUGGUUUGACGACCAAACUCAUGGGGAGGAGGGGUGGGGAGGCGGAUGGGUUUGGGCGUGCUGUCAAGUUUAAUUUUCAAAGCGCGCCUUCAUUCGAUUCGUGCGGCCAGCGUCAAGCCUCGCUCCUCGUUACCGGUCCGGACCGACGACGCUGCUGUUGCGUCGCUCAUUGAACCCUGUGCUUUUCUGCAACAAAUAUAUGCAUGUGAUGUGGUGCAUGCGAUAAAAAGGUGUGCUAUAACCCGCAACAGGCAGAGCGGGCAACUUGGAAGAAAACAAUUAACAAAUUCAAGAUUUGAUUUUACGUUAACCUCGUUUCUCGCAUCCAUCUUUGUGGAUUUUAUUGGGGGUUUCAUAUUGAGCAAAA